AUGAAUCCUAGGACAAAUGUCGAGUUACUGCUUUGGACUGGAGUAAACUCAGAUGGGCAUUUGAAAACGGAUCUAGUCACCUGCAAGGUAGCUGCUAAUAAUGUUGAGCUGACCCUGGCUGCAGCCGAUAAAGCUAUUGCUAAUUAUCUUCCUGUAAUUAUGCAUUUUGUAAAGGAACGAAUAGAACAAGCAAUCUGUCCAUCGUUCCAUGCAGAACUCGUACCAGUCGUGUCAAAUCGUCUGAUGAACACUCCUAUGAGCGCAUCCUUAUUUGAACACUUUUUCGUGAAUUAUGGACUUUUGAGUCCUGUGGAAUACUCGGACACGAAAGUCACGAUGAGACAUCGAGGAAAUUCAUUUGGCAUACUUCGUCAAGGUCGAACUCGUCUGAACGAUUUCCGC